AUGCUUACCAAGACCAUUCUUGCCAUCACUUCCCUCGCCACCGCUGCCUUCGCAGCUCCUCUCGAAGCCCGCUCUAGUCCCCCUUCCGGGUACGGAACAAUCACCCCAUCAGCACUCUAUGUCUACGAUGUGUCCACCGGUGCCAUCGGACCACAGACAACAACCGCCAAAGUCGAAAAGAACAGAAAUAUUCAUGAAAAGACCACUCUAAUGACCUUCACGUACCCCACAGAGAGCACGAACAAGAAAUGCGCUCUAUAUUUCUACUACGACAGCGUAUCCUGGAGCGGCACCGAUAAGCUCGCCAUCUACUCUAGCCUUAAUCCUGCGCCUGGCCAGACCUCCGGCUGGGGUCCAGGAAACCAACGCAAUAACCAGCUUGGCAUCUGGAAGAAGCCCUCGUCUUCGCCGUCUUGGGCUGACUGGGAGGCUACGUAUGGUGGACUGUCGGGGGCACAGGAUUGCAAGCCUGGUGUGACAGAGGCUUUUGAGAUUGUUGGCCAGGGCGAUGAGACCUGGAUUUCGUAUGAGAAUGCCGUGGGUGGUGUGCGCAUUCUGUAUUGGUAG